AUGUCACUUCAACUGUCCAUUAUCUUCGGCAUCCUGAUGGGUGAAAUGUUCAUUAUCACCCUUCUGGUUCUUCCUCUUGGGUCUAACGUUCGAAGAUCGGUUGUUAGGUUGUUCAAUUGGACAGCAAGGAAGCCUACUUGUAAUGUGACUACGUACAUCGUUUUGGGUUUGGUAGGUCUUUUCUUUAUCGACUCGUUUAGAUCAGUUAACUCUGCUAGACAUACACCGGUAUCCAACUACGAUGCUGCCGUUAACCAGCAGGCUUAUAUGAAAAAGUUUUACAACCAAAGAAAUAUGUAUAUUACGGGUGCUACCUUGUUCUAUGCUGCUUCUAUAAAGUGUAUUAUCAACUUGAUCAAUCAGAUUCUGAGGAACGAGGAGAAGUUGUCAAAGGUUGCUAAGGUAGAACACACUACGUUGGAUCUGCAGAAAUUGAAAGAGGAGAUCAAAUCAAAGGAUGUCCAAAUUGAGGGAUUGAAAAGGCAACUUGAAAAUUUGACCAAAUCCUACAACGAGCUAACUCCGGAGGAGAAGAGCAACAAGAAGGACGAGUAG